AUGGUUUACUGCGGUAAACCUUCCAAAGGAUGUUCCAAUUGCCGGGAGCGCAAGGUUCGGUGUGACCAGCGCGAACCCGAGUGUGGUCAGUGUGAGAAGCGCGAACAGAAGUGCCCUGGGUAUCGAAACAUGGUCGACCUCAUGUUCCGUGACGAGAGCAGCCAUGUAAUUAAGAAGGCCACGAGAACAACAAGGACUACCAAGACUGGCGCUGUCAAGAAGCCCACGAAGCCUGAACCCAUUGCGAAAAUCACUGCGCCUCGACCUCCUCCAAAGCAAAUCCAUCCUUCGCAACCUUACGCUCACCAUGAACAAGGCACCGCGACUUGCGUUCCGUCCUUCUCCUCGGCCCUAUUCUCGAUGCUCACACCCAGCAGCGGUUCGUCGGGCACAUCACCUUCGUCCAACGACUCGGACAAUGGCGAUAUCUUGAUCGACUCGGGUACAUCGUCUCUAGUCCUCCAGUACCCCUUGACACAUUCGCUACAAGAACGAGGGACUGCGUUCUUCUUUUCUCGAUAUGUAGCUGUUGAUUUUGGUUGCUACCAGAAUUAUGACUUCGUCUAUGACGUGUGGAAGCCCCCCAAGGGGAAAUCCGAGGUCCUGGACUGCGUCACUGCCAGCAUGACUGCAGUUGGGCUGGCUGGUCUCUCCAAGAUCACUCGCAGCCAUGACAUGAUGGUACAAUCUCGCCAGAGUUACGGCACCGCUUUACAGUUGACAAACGCCGCCCUUCAGAACCCCGCAGAGGCCGUCAGUGAUGGCACCAUGCUUGCUGUGUUGGUGCUCGGCACUUAUGAGUUUAUCACUGGCCGCACCCCACAAACUAUGGGAGCUUGGAAAGACCAUGUGAACGGCGCUGCCGCUCUCACCCGGAUGAGGGGUGCCACACCCUUCCGUACGAAGGCUGGCACAAGAAUGUUCCUUAUGCUGUGCCAUUCUGUUCUCAUUACCUGCAUUCAAGCCGGCCUCCCAAUGCCUCAGGCCAUGUUGGAUCUAAGAAAUGAACUGGGACAGUAUACCAACACCAAAGACCCAACCUGGCGGAUGUUCGAGCCCAUUUGCCGAGCCCUGCAAAUCCGAAAUGACAUCAAGCAAAAGAUCCUCAAGGACACGGACGAGAUCGUCGCUAAGCUUGCCGAUGUAGAGAAUGAAUUCGCUACACUUGUCAGUGAGAUGCCUCGGGUUUGGCACUACCGUUCCGUCCAGGUCACUCGACCAAACUCGGCAAUUCUGAGCAGCUGGUGUCACCUCUACCGUGGUUUUGCGCAGGCUACAACAUGGAAUGGCAUGCGCACUAUGAGAAUGCUUGUCCAGGAGACCAUCUUGGAGCAGCUGUGCUCCAGCAUGGCUCGGACAGCGGUACCACCGAUGAGGCACCAGAUUCUCCUAGUGAAAUCUAUGAGAAUGUUGGAACUGCUUGGAGACUCCAUCAUUGCUAGUGUCCCGCAGCACUUUGGCGUCAUUAGUUUCCGCGAUGCUAUGGCUGGGAGCCAAUGCCACUUUGUCCCAACCACAGACCCCCCGCAACGCAUCGCCUCAGCGUGUCCCAUUCCAUCCCCCAGACCACCUCGCCACAGAACACCCGAAUCACCAGGUGGCUCUCCAAGACCGACGCUGCUUGACCCUACCCAAUCUGACGAUGGUCGAGGUGAUCCUGAGCGUUUUAUGACUCUUGCAUCAGCCAGCAACACAAUUGUCUGGCCUCUGUACACCCUCGGCAUGUCGUCUUCGUGCACUCGUGAGACACGGCAGUACAUUAUUGAGCGUCUGGACGCUAUCUAUGUCGAAACUGGAUUGGAUCAAGCACGGACUGUGAAACUGAUCAUCCAAGCCAGGGUCGAAUCCCCGCCGUGGGAGGACAUUCCCAUGAACUAUAUACCUGCAAUCUCGGAUGAAACUCUGCCUAUCAUGGUCUAA